AUGGGUGAUGCGCCAGGGAACCAAAAGGCUCCGAUCGAGUCAAGUCAACAGGAUGCACCUAAAGUGGAGGUGAUUGAUGGAGGUCGCCCAACGAUCAGAAACUUCGCUACGACUACGAAACUGAGACCUAAUGAUAUAGUCAGGGUACUGUCCACUGGAUCUACGUACACUGUAUCAGAAGUACGGGGAGGAAAGUAUAUUCUCUGUGAUGAUAGUGGCAAGGAGGUCAUGCAGGGGCGCGAGUAUGAUGAGACUGAGUUGGAAUUGGUCGAUGACCCUUUCUAA